ACAUUUCAAGGGUCCAGGCACCCAGGGUGAAUCAUCUGGCUGCUCGGAUCAAGAGGAGGUUGAAGCUUCGGAGCGCGGAUCACGAAUGAUGACAGUGACAGAGGGAGGUGCAGCUGCCCGGAGUACAGCAGCGCGACACGUCUCAUAUGAUUAUUAUCAAGGACGGCGUGAGGCUGCAAGCGCGACUGGCGCGGCACGGCACGGCGACGCUUGACGGAAAAGGCUCCGCACGUGCAAUUGUUUCUUUUAUUUCAUUUUGCUUUGAGCCGGCACGGGGGCCCAGCAAUGACGCUAGAGGCCAAAUCUUGGUAGAAGACCUGGCGGGCGAUCCUCAAGGGCAGAAGCAAGAUAUGCCGCGGCUCCCUGGCGACAAUCAAGAGGAAGAGUCGCAAGAUCUCGCAGCAGGAGCGGCCCCGUGGGAUUUCGGCUCAUCAAUCAAACCGAAACGGGCACGUCAUGCCGCGACGAUGAUGAAAGAGUGCAUGGCCGGGGAGAGCACAGUCGGUCCGAGCAGCGAGCUUCUGCCAGCCACCAGGGCCGGAAGCGUCAUUGUCCUCUCCGCACGCAUGGCUGGGGUGGGAGGAAUUUUAGGCUUGCGCGAUUAGCCGGCCGUGGGGAGGGAGAGUGAGGCAGCAAGCAAGCAACAGCAGCAGCAGGCAGCGGGACAUGGGGGUGGACAAGCAGGCAAAAAAGCAAGUACACCACCUACCCGCUGAUGCACCAUGUCGUCGGCAGACGUCAUGGCCCAAACGGC